AAAUGUCUAUAGAAUAUCGAGUUACAAUACGCCCCAUCUUUAAGCCCAGUCUAUGCGCCGUUAGCCGGAGUACAACAGGACACGUCCUGUGUAAGCCGCCAGCAAAGGGUCAACGCCUGUGCCUUGACUACGUGAAGAGUAACACUCAUCGGUUGAUAGGCAGCUAUCCCAUCUACCAGGAAUAAAAGACAUGAUUGAGACAAUGGAUACCCAGCGUGCCUUGCAGGCAGUGGAGCGUCUCCAGGCCAAGCUGAAAGACCGGGGGGAGGUCCCCACCGAGGAGAAGCUCAGCUUGCUCAAGUCUGUUCUCCAGAGCCCCCUGUUCCACCAGAUCCUUGCCCUGCAGAAGUCUGUCCAGCUCCUCAAAGACCAGGGUGGUGUCACAUCAACACUUAGCGGUGACCUGAGUGAAUGCUACACAUCAGCCCAGGCCAAUGGUGGCCAUCUUGCCUACCCAGAAGCCUCCACUAGUACACAGGUCAAUGGGAAGCAAUCGCCUGAGGAUUUUGAGCACAUCAUUCGCUCCAUGGCUCAGGGGCGCUACGUGACGCACAUGGAGCUGGUGAAGCCACUGUCUGGGGGUCUGGGCUUCAGCGUGAUUGGCCUGAGGAGCGAAAACCGCGGGGAGCUGGGCAUCUUCGUCCAGGAGAUCCAGCCCGGGAGUGUGACCCACUGCGAUGGGAAGCUGAAGGAGUCAGAUCAGAUCUUGGCCAUCAACGGUCAACCCCUGGACCAGACAGUGACCCACCAGCAGGCCAUAGGCAUCCUGCAGAGAGCGUCUGAGUGCGUGCAGCUCACCAUAGCCAGAGGACCCAUCCCUCAGCUGGCCAGCCCCGUGGUGUCCCGUACCCCCUCCGCUGCCAGCACCCUGUCUGCCCACUCCAGUGCGGCCCACUGGAAUCAUGUGGAGACCAUGGAGCUGGUCAACGACGGGACAGGCCUGGGCUUUGGCAUUGUGGGGGGAAAGACCACCGGUGUCAUUGUCAAAACCAUCCUGCCUGGAGGCAUCGCUGAUCAGGAUGGGCAUCUGCGCAGUGGGGACCACAUCCUCAAGAUUGGGGACACUGACCUAUAUGGCAUGGGAAGUGAGCAGGUGGCUCAGGUCCUGAGGCAGUGUGGUAACCGAGUGAAGUUGGUCAUCACCAGAGGCCCUCCAGAGGAGACCGCCAUCGUCCCAAUGGUGUUGCCCACGGUCACAGAGCAACAGGGAUACGAGGAAGAGGAGGCCGAAGCGUUCGACGUUGGGCUGACUAAGAACGCCCAGGGUCUGGGAAUCACCAUCGCCGGCUAUGUGGGGGACAAAAAUUCUGAGCCCUCUGGUAUUUUUGUGAAAAGUAUAACUAAAGACAGUGCGGUAGAGCAAGACGGCCGGAUCCAUGUUGGGGACCAGAUCAUAGCCGUGGACGGUAAUAACAUCCAGGGCUACACCAACCAGCAGGCCGUGGAGGUGUUGAGACACACGAGCCAGACAGUUCACCUGAAGCUGAUCAGGCGAGGCUUCCGUCCAGAGGAUAUCCCACCCGCUGUGGUGCCCAGUGUGAUCGUAGUCUCACCAACCCCAGGUGGCAGAGACACGACACUGGAGAGGACGGAUGUUGUGGACGCCACCACUCAAGAUAAGAAACAGUACCAGGCAUUGAGUGGGGAAUCUGAUGUCACCGACGUGAAGGAUCAGUUAACUGAGAACACCAGAGACGAUGCAAAGCUAACAGAGGAUGAGGAGUUGGAGCUGAAGAAAAAGUGGCAGGAGACUCUCGGACGCCGCAACGAAGUAGUGGUUGCCCAGGUGGAGAAGUUCAGUGAGAGCAGUGGUCUGGGAAUCAGUCUGGAUGCCAACAGCGGGCACCACUACAUCCGCUCCGUUCUGCCGGAGGGGCCAGUGGGACGCUGUGGGAAACUCUUCAGUGGGGACGAACUGCUCGAAGUCAAUGGAAUAUCCCUGAUUGGUGAGACCCACAAGGAAGUGGUGGGCAUUCUGAAGGAGCUGCCUGUCUGUGUCUACAUGGCCUGCUGUAGGCCCGCCCCUCUCCUGAAGAGUGACAGGGAUUCUGGCCAACCAGGGUUGGAUGAAUUUGCUACUGAACCUAAAAUGAAGAUACAGGGAGACCUCGGCAGUUUCCUGGUUUUCGAAGGUUCUGAGGGGGUGGUGACGAGGGAAAAUGUAACGGAUGAGACACUCGGAGCUCCUUUGGCCAUGUGGGAGACGGAGAUACAGGACAUUGAGCUGGAGAAGGGUGAGAGCGGACUGGGAUUCAGCAUCUUGGACUACCAGGACCCAAUGGAUCCUGCCAAGACGGUGAUUGUGAUUCGCUCUCUGGUGUCUGAAGGAGUGGCAGAACAGGAUGGCAGGCUAUUGCCAGGUGACCGGCUCAUGUUCGUCAACAGCACCAACCUGGACAACGCCAGUCUGGAGGACGCUGUCCAGGCAUUGAAGGGGGCUAACAUCGGCAAGGUCCACAUUGGGGUGGCCAAACCACUACCUGUAAGGACACCCUAUUGUGAGAUUGACUCCAAUGAGGUAGACCUGACCGACGAGAGGGUGUUGGCGCAUCGCUUCUCUGGCGAGGAGGAUGACACCUUCCAGGCAUCCAUGCUUGCCCUCCAUGGCAGCACCUGCAGCGCUGACCUGUCCUACCAGAUGAUCUUGCAGUCCUCCACACCCAAGCGGAGUGCUCGUCUGGACUUGUUGACCGAACAUCCCUUCGUGACGUUGUCCUGCCUCGCAGACGACACUGAACCCUUUUCCCCAGAGGAGAAUCCUAUCGCUUUCCCCCUGCCCAGGAGUAUUGGAAGUCACACCCUAAUGAUUGACAACACACUAGCUAGCUCCGAUCAGUACCUGGCGCAUCAAUUAACCCAUUUGGAGCCAUCGGAUCUGUCGAACUCGUACAGUCCGUACACUGACCCCGAGCCUGGUUUGAAUGAUUUGGGGGAGCCAAUGCAGUCUCUGCGUUUUCCGGUGGAGUCCGCCAUGGCCGUUGGGGACAUAGGGGAGAUGGAAGGCUUAAUGAAGGGGGAUGAGCCAUCUGUAAAGCAGUCCAAAGAGGAAGGGGACAAGAUUCUAACCACUGGGAGUAAUUUUGAAAGGACAAUCACUGUUGUCAAGGGCAACUCCAGUCUCGGAAUGACGGUGAGCGCCGUCAAGGAUGGCUUGGGGAUGCACAUCCGCAGCAUCAUCCACGGAGGCUCCAUCAGCCGAGACGGCCGUCUGGGGGUGGGAGACCUCAUCCUGGCCAUCAACGGCGAGCCCACGGCCAACCUGACCAAUACACAGGCCCGCGCCAUGCUCCGGAGACACUCCCUCAUCGGGCCAGACAUGGGAUCUGCUUGUGCACCAGAGGACGAUCUGUGCCCCUUUUAUGUCAUCACCUAUGUUCCCGUGGAGUAUCUGGAGGAGUACAAGGCCAGCCUGGAGCAGCCUAAAGAUGACAUCUUCUCUGAUGCUCCUCAGGCCCCAAAAAGAGAAAUCCCAGAACUCCCAGAGCGGGAGGAUGGAGAGGGAGAGGAGAGCGAGCUACAGAGUGCCACCUUCAGUAACUGGAACCAGCCCAGGAGGGUGGAGCUCAAAAAAGAAGCUGGCAAGUCCCUUGGCAUCAGCAUCGUGGGGGGCAGAGGAAUGGGCAGUCGCCUCAGCAACGGCGAGGUGAUGCGGGGCAUCUUCAUCAAACACAUCCUGGAGGACAGCCCUGCCAGCCGCAAUGGAACCCUGAAGACUGGAGACAGGGUUGUUGAGGUGGAUGGCGUGGACUUGAGAGAUGCCAGUCACGAGCAGGCUGUGGAGGCCAUCCGCAGGGCAGGAAACCCUGUCGUGUUCCUCGUCCAGAGUAUCAUCCACAGGCCCAGGAAGGCGCCCCUACCCUUUCUUCUGCGGCUAAACACCCACCCCGGAUCCAACCCACGACCCACUAAUCAAACCUCUGCCAGCUUAUUAUCUCCUGCCUCUCCGCUUCAGUCCUCAGCCACGGACACCAACGAGGAGAGAGCGGCGGCCAUGGCACGGCGCAAUAGUGACAAGGAGGUUGAGAGUCACAGUAGACUAUUCCUACGCCUCUCCCCAACUAACCCUUUCACUCCUACUCCGUUUAAGCCACUAAAGAGGGAAGCGGGAAAGACAUCGUCCACCACUCCUCACCUCUCCCUUCCCGUGGUUCCCCACGUCGGAGAGACAGACACCGAUACCCUGACAGAGAUUCCCGACAGACAGGCCCAGGCGGAAGGCGAGGAUGAGUUUGGCUACAGCUGGAAGAGCAUCAUUCAGCGCUACGGCAGCCUCCCGGGGCUGCUGCACAUGAUUGAGCUGGAGAAAGGGAAGACCGGCCUGGGCCUUAGUCUGGCUGGCAACCGCGACCGCUCUCGCCUGAGCGUGUUUGUGGUCUGGAUUGACCCCUGUGGCGCUGCCAGCAAAGAUGGUCGCAUUGUGGUUGGGGAUGAACUGUUGGAGAUCAACGGGCAGAUUCUGUAUGGGCGGAGUCACCAGAAUGCCUCCUCCAUCAUCAAAAGCGCUCCGUCGAAGGUCAAGAUCAUUUUCAUCAGGAACACAGAUGCUCUGAACCAGAUGGCUGUAGGACCAGUGAGGGAACAUGGAGACCCCCUGGAGCCCCAGACAGAGCUAGAAACAUGUACUUCCAUUGUACCCUCGGCGAUCGAUGUCGACGUGUUCAAGUAUGUGCAGCACGUCAUUCUGCCGAAGGAGGAGGGUGGAUUCGGCAUCACUUUCAGUGAGGAAGACCCCAAGAAUGGGGUGGUGAUUCAGAGUAUAUCUGAAAAAGGACCAGCAGGAAAGGACGGCAGCAUCAAAUCUGGAGAUAAACUGCUGGCUGUGGAGGAUGAACCAGUGGUGGGCUACACUGUGGAGAGGGUCCACUCUCUACUGGGGAAUGCCAAAGGCUCAGUGAAGUUGACAAUCUGCACGAAUGAGUCAUUGCCCCUCCCCCCCUACUAUACUGAUCAGGCCACCAGCCUCCCUAGCAUCUACAUGGCUAACCUGGGCCAGCCCGAGUCAGAGCCGAUCAGGAGCUCAAGUCGCUCGUCCACCCCUGGCACUCUGGCCUCAUCUGACCCUGUGACCUGUCCCAUCAUCCCCGGCUGUGAGACCACCAUAGACAUCUCCAAAGGCCACACGGGCCUGGGCCUCAGCAUCGUGGGGGGCUGUGACACUCUAUUGGGGACCAUCAUCAUUCACGAGGUCUAUGAGGAGGGAGCUGCCUCCAAGGAUGGGAGACUUUGGGCUGGGGAUCAGAUCCUGGAGGUGAAUGGCAUUGACCUGCGCGUGGCCACUCACGACGAAGCUAUCAGCGUGCUACGGCAGACCCCUCAGCGGGUGCGUCUGAGCGUGUUCAGGGAUGAGGCUCAGUACAAGGAGGAGGACCUGUGGGAUGCCUUUACCGUGGAGCUGAACAAGAAGCCCGGCCAGGGCCUGGGCCUCAGCAUCGUGGGGAGAAGGAACGACACAGGGGUGUUUGUGUCGGACAUAGUGAAAGGGGGCGUGGUGGAGAGUGACGGGAGACUGAUGCAGGGAGACCAGAUCCUGUCCGUCAACAAGGAGGAUGUCAGAAACGCCACCCAGGAGUCAGUGGCUGCACUGCUGAAGUGUGGUGUGGGACCCAUAGUGAUGGAGGUGGGCAGAUUUAAAGCCGGACCCUUCCACUCUGAGAGAAGGUUCUCACAGAGCAGUCAGAUGAGUGAAACGGGCAGCUGCAAGGUGACCCCUCACUCGCUGUCAGCCUCCUCUGGUAGCCUCCAGAUGGACUGUGACAGCGUACAACAUACAACACUGGACCACCAGCAGAUCAGAAGUGUUGAAUUCACAAAGGGUCUCACUGAUUCAUUGGGCAUCAGUAUUGCGGGUGGAGUAGGCAGUCCCCUGGGCGAUGUGCCCAUCUUCAUCGCCAUGAUGAACCCUACCGGCCUCGCUGCCCAGACACACAAACUCAAGAUCGGUGACAUGAUCGUCAGUAUCUGUGGGACCGCUACUGAGGGUAUGAGCCACAGCCAGGCCGUCACCCUGCUGAAGAAUGCCACCGGCACCAUCGAGCUGCAGGUGGUAGCAGGGGGUGAUACCACAGUGACCGGCCCGUCUCAGGAGCAGACAGCUGCCGGACUCUCACUCUCCAGCCUUACUGCUACUAGCAUUUUCCACGACGACCUGGGACCUCCUCAAUAUAAGACCAUUACCCUGGCCAGGGGCCCAGAUGGCCUGGGCUUCAGCAUUGUUGGUGGCUUUGGAAGCCCACAUGGAGACCUGCCCAUUUAUGUGAAAACCGUGUUUGGAAAGGGAGCAGCGUCAGAGGACGGGCGUCUGAAGCGGGGGGAUCAGAUUAUGGCUGUUAACGGACAGAGUCUGGAGGGGGUCUCCCACGAGGAGGCCGUGGGCAUCCUGAAGAGGACCAAGGGAACAAUUGCCCUCACUGUGCUCUCCUAGACACACUCACACCUCACCCUACACGCAUAGACAAAGACUCAUACCUUGGUGUAGACACACACCCUAAUAUACUGUAUAUGUAUUGAAAUGUGAACAACCCCAUUCCUAAACUCUAACAUGCUGACCAAACUGGACGCGCGCACGUUGAUUUUGUUUACCCACAUCAGAAGCGAUCAGGACACCUUAUUGGUUGAAAUAUCAAAACAAACUCUGAACCAAUUAUAUUAAUUUGUGGACAGGUCGAAAAGCAUUAAACAUUUAUGGCAAUUUAGCUAGCUAGCUUGCUGUUGCUAGUUAAUUUGUCCCGGGAUAUAAACAUCGGGUUGUUAUUUUACCUGAAAUGCACAAGGUCCUCUACUCCGACAGAUAAAACAGUAAACCAAAUUAGUUUCUCGUCAUCUCUCCUCCUUUCUUCAGGCUUCUUUUUCUUUGGACUUUAUAUAGCGGUUGGCAACCAACUUUACUGUGCAUUACUACAACCGACUGGAGUGUGGACGUCAGUUCAUCUUUCAAUCACCCACAUGGGUAUAUGCCCCUAAACACCAAUGAGGAUAAAGAGGCAGGACUUGCAGCGCGUUGAGCUUGACACAUAGAACCAACUUCUAUUUUAGCGUCUGGCCACGCAGGCGCUAGCUAUUGCGCGCAAGCAGGGUGGGUGCAUUGAUUGAAUAACAGGUAUGUGUACAUUUAUUUUGCAACACUCGUGCACGCGACAUGAGCAGUGUGGUCAGCAUGUAAGCUUGUAUUGAGAAACACUGUGAUCCAUAGUAUUUGUAUUUACAAGAAGCUACUGCAGGUAGACUGAAAUAUUCACUGGACAAUGUGGCUCAGAUCUUUUAUACUCUAGUUUUCUAUGCUCAGACAUGGACUGUGUUAUGAUAUUUAGGGUUAAGAGCCCUUUUAAGCAAUAUCUGAAAUAUAUUGGUAGAAUAAGACCGUUAUUUAAAGCUUAUGCUACUGUAAACUGCUGUCCAUCCUCUUCUAUAGUGAAGUCACUGUCGUAUUUAAGUCUAGACUCUAGACUGAAUAACAUUUGAAUAACGUUUUGUUUGUGACGCAAACCACCUUUUCAGGAGUGAAAUGAUCUCAAAGCUUUGGUUUCUUGGUCAGAAGUUCUACAGACCAAGUAUCUAAGUGUGCGUGGUCACACACUCAGGGAAAGGAGAUGGGUGUGUAUGAGAUAUAAUGUAGUUUUGCUAAUGCAGAUGUGAAGUUUUAUUUCACAGUAUUUUACCGUUCAAGUAUUACCUAUUUUUGGGGUCAUUGUCUGCCAUGACCAUACUUUAUCAUAAUAUGAUAGUAGGUGAAGGAAACCAGCUUAUAUGGUCCAUCUCAGCUGUCUCCAACCUGGAGAGUUACUGCAGCCUUUUGCUCAAACCUAGCGCUAGCACACCUGUUUCACAUAAUCAACCGUUGACCGUUUUCAAAAUGGACAACGAUUAGCCGAAUCAAGUGUGUUACUGUUGGGCUGUCCAGGAGGUUGGAGCUUCCUAAUUCAUUUCAAACCAUUAGCUAGAUACCCCAUGUUCUAGUUUCACGACAAUGAAUCCCAUUUUUAACAUGGCGUCAGUCACACUCUUACAGAUGUAGGGUCUUAAUUUGACCCAGUUUGCUACAGCAGGAAAAUAAUCCUGCAGUAACAGGAAAUGUGAAUUAUUAUGUGGAUUAUAAUGAAUGGACAUUUUUGUAGGGGUUUCCAAGUGGAAAUUACAAACUUCAGAAGCCUUUUUAAUCCUCAAAUGCACUACACAUUUAAAAUGUCCUGCAGGAAAGUUUCCCAGCAGCAGGGUGAUCAAAUUAAGAUCCUAUAUUACAAUACAUGUGUACUUAGUUAAGUACAUUCAGCACAGUAUUGAGUUGUUCAGAGGCUGAGUUAAUAAAAGUUACCUUCAAGCCCCA